AAACCAGACCGACCGAUGAAACCGAAACUUCCCCAAAAAACUAACCGAACCGGCUGAACCGAAAUGGGAUCCUAUAUUUAGGAUGGUGUUAAUGUGUUUGAUGUUUUUUGCCUGAGACAAGUUGAGCUAGAAAAGGUCGAAUCCUAGGCAUUUUGGUUCAACCACCAACUGUUUGAACUUUUUCGUUUAAAGGGUUGAAAAAAGACUUGAUUUUUUUCACGGGUGUUUGAAAUAUAUACCUCAAUCCCACAAAAGGAAUCCAUUUCUUGAGCAUGCAAGAAAGAGAGAAAAGCUUUACGAUUUUCGGAGAAGAUGAAGAAGAAGGAGGUGCAUUGUAGUAGCAGCAAUCUUGAUGCAGAUAUUGGUGAGGUGUUGUUGAAAAAGAAGGAAAGACAUAUAGUUUCUUGGAGUCAAGAGGAAGACGAUAUUCUGCGCGAGCAAAUUCGUUUACAUGGCUCUGAAAAUUGGGGAAUUAUUGCAUCAAAAUUCAAGGACAAAACGACGAGACAAUGUAGGAGGAGAUGGUUCACUUAUUUGAAUUCCGAUUUCAAGAAAGGAGGGUGGUCGCCUGAGGAAGACAUGCUCUUGUGCGAGGCGCAGAGGAUUUAUGGGAACAGAUGGACUGAGAUAGCAAAGGUGGUUUCAGGCAGGACUGAUAACGCUGUGAAGAAUCGAUUCACCACUCUCUGCAAGAAGAGGGCGAAACGAGAAGCCUUGGUGGAGAAAAACAGCACCACUUCUUAUGUCAAGUUGAACAACAAAAGGGUCGUGUUUCGCAGUGGACUCAGCUCAAAUCAUGGAUCUGAAAAUGCUCCUAAGAAGUUGAGAGGAGAAAACGUUGAUGGCGUUGAGGAGGGUUCGACUGAUAAAUGCGAUUUCAAAUUUGCACGAGCGUUUCUUGAGAAGGACGAUCCGAAGGUGCUUGCAUUGCUGCAGCAAGCAGAGCUGCUGAGCUCUCUUGCAAUCAAAGUUGAUGCAGAGAAGACAGGUCAGAGCCUUGAAAAUGCUUGGAUGGUGCUUCAAGAUUUUCUGGAACAGAGCAAAGAAAGGCAACAACUGCUUAAGAUGACAGAUGUUGAUGCUGAUUUUCAAGUAGAGAAGCUCAAUGCGUUGGCGGAGGAGAUAAGAAGCUGCGAUGAAGGCAGUAGAUCAUCGUCCCCAGCAAGCUCUGAGUAUAGCACAGGAUCGACUCUCGUGCCUGAUGUGCCACGCGACGAGAGGGGAGAAUGUGAGGAAGAAACUGCUGCAUUGCAUCAAGAAAAGUUGGAUAAACAUUGUCUUUCUGGGACAAGCACAGAUGAAGUGAAAAAUAUGUCAACAUAUGAAGACAUAAAAGGUGAUAAUGAAGAAUUCAGCUCUCCUACUAAUGUGACACCACUAUUCAGAGCACUUGCAGCAACAAUUCCCAGCCCAAAAUUUUCAGAAAGUGAAAAGCACUUCUUGAUGAAAACUCUAGGACUGGAGUCGUCGUCUCAGAGCAAAGUCACGAAUCCUUCGCAGCCACCACCACCCUGCAAGAGGUCCCUCCUCCAUUGUCUAUGAUCAAAUCACCAAGGCACCGGAAUCAUCACCACAACCCCGUCUGGAGCCUUUUGUCGUGUAGAGAUCUUCUGUUUCUUCGUUUAGGAGUUUGUUUGCCGUUGGAUUGCAGCCAUCUCGACCUGUGUUUUUACAGAUAGGCCCGCGAAGAUCUGCCUUCUUGCUGCCUAGAAUGCUGAGGAGCACUCCAGCUUUUGAAGAUCGAUCUUCGUUGAUCUGCAUCCUCGAGUUUCUUCUUUCCUAAUUUCUAGUGUUUACAUUCAUUCGAGUGUUGUUGUUUACAUAAUGUUGAGUCAUUUUUUUCUUUUGCCUCAUCAUGGAACUUGGAUAUGGAAAUCCACUGUUCCAAUUUGGCUACAUAAGCCUUAUUGUAUAGAUGUAACCAACAUAGAUUCUUAGUUCUUUAGUGUAACUAUAUAAUGGCACCUCGCCAAUAUAGAGAGAGAGUGAGAGAGAGGGAGAGAGAGAGAGAGAGAGUAGUUCAUGUUUGUAAUGAAAAUAUUAUCUAUUCAACAUUGAUCUUAGCUGUUCAUCUAAA